AUGCAGCGCGGCGGUAAAAUUGCAACGCAAAUUGAAGAAAUUGCCGCUGAUCCGAAUCUCAUCGAGGAUUUGAAAUCGCUUCCCGCCAAUUACAAUUUCGAGAUUGCGAAGACAAUUUGGAAGAUUCGCAGCACAGAUAGCAAAUAUGUGGCUCUUCAAUUCCCCGAAGGUCUCAUCAUGUAUUCUUGCAUUAUUGCCGAUAUUCUGGAAAAGUACACCAAUUGCGAUACGGUGAUUAUGGGCGACGUCACCUACGGCGCGUGUUGUGUCGACGAUUUCACGGCGAAAUCCAUAGGCUGCGAUUUGCUUGUCCAUUACGGACACAGUUGUCUGGUGCCGAUUCAAAACACCGACGGAAUCGCGAUGCUUUACGUUUUCGUCAACAUCGACAUCAAUUUGUCGCAUUUCAUCGAUUGUAUACGGCAGCAUUUUCAACGUCAACGAAUUGCCGUCGUCAGCACAGUGCAAUUCAUCCCAUCGCUACAGACAGUUAAAAUCGCGUUUGCUGAAAGUGAUACAACUAUCGUGAUCCCACAAUGCAAACCAUUAUCGCCUGGUGAAAUUCUUGGGUGCACUUCGCCAAAACUCGACGGCCAAAAUAUCGAUUCGAUAAUUUAUCUCGGUGACGGCCGAUUCCAUCUCGAAUCGAUUAUGAUGCACAAUCCCGACAUUCCCGCAUUCCAAUAUGAUCCAUAUUCGAGGAAGCUCACUCGAGAAUACUACGAUCACGGGAAAAUGCGCAAAAAUCGGCUGGAAGCUGUCGAGAUCGCGAAACGUUGCCAAACGUUCGGUCUGAUUCAAGGAACAUUGGGACGACAGGGCAAUCCGAAAAUUCUCGACGAUCUCGAGAGGCGUCUCAAAGAGAAGGGCAAGAGUUUCACGCGUGUGCUCCUCUCGGAGAUCAUUCCCGACAAACUCGCGUUGUUCGCCGACGUCGAUUGCUGGAUACAGGUGGCGUGUCCGCGAUUGUCGAUCGACUGGGGAUCCCAAUUCCCGAAGCCCCUCCUCUAUCCCUUCGAGUUGGCAUUGGCUUUGGAUGCUAUACCGGUGCCCACCAAAUUCUGGCCGAUGGAUUUCUAUUCGAAUGACUCGCUCGGACCAUGGACCAACAAUAACGAAGCGCAUCAAGUGAAGCGGGAACGACGACGACCUCGCAUUGUUGUUCAGUGA